AUGCCCUCUCAGCCUUCGUUCUACUUGCUUGCGCUGGUCGCUGGCGUUAUGCUAGCAUCAGGAGCAUACGCACUAGACAAUGGCAUGGACAUGAGCAUGGAUGGGGCAAUGAGCCUCGCUUCGGGCAGCAUGCUCCCGUAUCUCCACUUUAGGCCAGGAGACAUCCUAUGGUUCUACGGUUGGGUGCCGACGGGGAAGGGUGCUAUGACCGGCGCCUGCAUUGGGCUGUUCCUGUGCGCCCUCGUCGAUAGGUGGAUUUCGGCGAUGCGGUCUGUCAUGGAGGCGCACUGGUAUAAGAGAGCACAGAUCGCUCAGGCUAAUCAAGCCAACAUCUUGCCUUCGGGCGAGAAGCCGUCAAGCUCUUCCUUCCCCACACGCAUUCGCGAUGCGUCCACUCUACGCGGGUCUCUCCCUUUCAUCCCGUCACACGAUAUCUCGAGGGGCAUCAUCCACGCGGCUCAGGCGCUCAUGCACUUCACGAUAAUGCUUGCCGUAAUGACAUACCAAGCAGCCUUUCUCAUCUCGAUUGUUGCCGGGCUGGGUGUUGGGGAGAUGCUGUUCGGGCGAUAUGCGGCCCAUGCUGGCCACCAUUAG